AUGGCGAGCCGGAGGAGCCGUCCAUCUCCGUCGUCGUCGCCGGCGGCGGCGGCGGCGGCGGCCACCGAUGAGCAGAUGGCGGAGCUCAUGUCGAAGCUGCAGGCCGCCCUCCCAGCUAAUUCCCUCGGAGAGGCCAAUGGCAAGGUGUCAAGCGCUGAGGUGCUGCAAGAGGCGUGCCGCUACAUCCGGCGGCUGCACCGGGAGGCGGACGCCCUGAGCGAGAGGCUCGCCGAGCUGCUCCUCCAGCCGUCCGAUCGUACCAUCAACGGCGCGGAUGCGUCCGACCUCAUCCGUAGCUUGCUCAUGUCCUUUUUGGGGGUUCUUGGUUUCUUCAGGCUUCAGCUUGGCCCAUCUGCUGCUUGCCAUGGGAAUUAA